AUGCCGGAAGCAUCAGUGAAUAUUCCUGACCCUAUAGACUUCAUGGCUGCAUUGGGCAAUAUGGCAGCAGCUAUGCAAGCGACAGCUGAAGCCCUGGGAAACCAAAUUAAUAAUGGGAACAAUGGUAAUAAUUGUGAUAAUGGUCUAAUGACGCUCUCUUCCUUUUUGAAGGUUCACCCUCCAACUUUCAGAGGGACCUCGAAUCCGACCGAUGCUGAUAACUGGAUACAGGCCAUUGAGCGAGCAUUACAAGCUCAACAGGUUCCGGAUGAACAAUGGGUUGAGUUUAGAACCUACCAGUUGCAUGGUGAAGCUCAGCACUGGUGGCAGGGCAUGAGGCGCAUUCUGCAGCCUGAUGGGAUUGUGAUCUCUUGGGAGUUAUUCCGAGAGGAAUUCUAUAAGAAAUAUUUCCCCAUCUCAGUCAGAAAUGCCAAAGAGCUCGAAGUGCUUCAACUUAAACAGGGCCAGAUGACUAUUACUGAGUACACCAGUAAGUUUGAGGAAUUGUGCCGGUUCUCAUGCAUCUGUCAGGGAACUCCUGAGGACUUUACUGAGUGGAAGUGUAUAAAGUAUGAAGGAGGCAUUAGGAGUGACAUUCAGACCUUUGUGGCGCCUAUGCAGAUUCGAGUGUUUUCUGAGCUGGUGAAUAGGAGCAGGGUGGCGGAGGAUUGUAUUAGAAGGGCUGCAGUAGAAAAAGGGAGUUUGAGGAUGCCAUUCCAGAGGACCACAGGGAGAAACUUUGCACCCAGAGACAGACAGUUCAAGCGUGGUGGCUUUGUCCCUCAGAACAAUCAGGGGCAAGGCAACUCCAGGAGGCUUAAUACUAGUGCUAAUCAGGGAAGGAGACAGGGAAAGCAGCCACAGCAGGAUAUGAGUUGCCACAGAUGUGGGAAGUAUCAUUCAGGACCAUGCAGGUUUGGGACUGAAGUCUGUUACUCCUGUGGGCAGCCGGGACACUUGGCUAGUAGUUGCCCAGAGAAGAAGAGGUAUGAGACAGGCAGAGUGCAGUAA